CAGGAAGCACAAAGUAGACCACCAGGGACAGACUGAAAAUGGAGCUGUCGAAGGUUGCAACUUCAACGUCUCCAUCUUGUGGGGACACAGCUCAGCUUGAGGCACAUUUAAGGCAAACUGGAUCACAGGUAGGAGACACAAAAAACCUCACAAAUAAUCAGCAAACCUGUAAACAAGACAUCAAUACUGUACUGAGAGAGAUGAGCGCAUCGUUGGCCGGACUGAAGGUUGACAUGGAGUACGUAAAGAAAGAUAAUGAAGCCAAGACAAAAGAACUGGACUUGAUAAAACAACAAUACCAAGAGCAAGUGACAAAAGUAAGAAGUCUUGAGGAGCAGUACCAAGUCAAGGAAAGAGAGUUGCAGGUCCAGAAGAAAAAGUUGGACAAGCUAAAACAACAGCACCAAGCUCAAGGAGAGGAACUACUCAGUGUUAAAGUCAAGGCAAACAACGCUGAAAACGAAGUGGAGAAUCUGAGGAGAGAAGGAGAAGUGAAUCGAGUGGCUUUCUCAGCCUCCUUGAUGGACUCUGGUGGUGGAGACGUUGGACCAUUUAAUGCACAGACGAAUCUGGUCUUCAAACGUGUUAUUGCAAACAUCGGAAAUGCAUACAACCCAAAUACAGGGUUUUUUAUUGCACCAGUGAGAGGAGUCUACCACUUUGAGUUCUUUAUCUAUGGACAUGGACAUGCUACACACAGUUCAGGUGCUGCGUUGUUCAAAAAUGGAGAACACAUCGUUACUGGAUAUGAACAUCAGGCUUCUCUCAGUGUUAAUGGUUGUAACAGUGCCACCUUGCUGUUAGAGGUUGGAGACGUUGUGUUUUUGCGUCAAUGGCAAAACUCAAGGAUUUAUGACAGCCAAAAUCAUCACACAACCUUCAGUGGUCAUUUGCUUUUCACCAUGUGAGGAUCAAGCAGUGCUGAUUUUCUUCAAGAAGAAAACGUUGUAUCACCAUAACCAUAUGUCUGAACUGAAUGCAUACUUUACACUCUAAAAAGUGUUUUUGGCUGUUGUUAAUUUUAUGGACUUAUUUACAUUAAUCUCACUUCAUUCAUUUGGUGUAGUGAUGACAAGUUACUUUUUUGUGUUCAAUUAGCUUAAAAGUUAACUAACUUAAAUUAACUUAAUUAAUUUAAAGGAACUUUUUACUUGGACUUUCUUGAAACAAUUGAGUUAAAUGCCAGUUUCAUAUCCUAUGUCUGACCAAUUCAGUAAAUUAUGAUCAUCCAACUAAAUUUACUAAGUUUUUAGAACUUAAUUCAUUAAGUGUAUUUAAUAUUACAAAUUUAAGUCACACUUACUGAAAUCACUUAUUUUUGUCUAAUAAAUAAUUCAAAUCUUUUUAACUAAA